AUGUUGGCAGUAACGGUGUCUGAUUGUGUUGGGUUGAUGCUGUCGGACCGGGAAGCAAAGUUGGAGAAGAGUAGUGGCCAUGUGGAAGUCGAUAUUAGUUGCCAGUUCGAGAAGGUUGCGGCCAACGUGAUCUCACGCGUGGCAUUUGGGAGAAACCACAAAGAGGCCAAGCAAGUCUAUCUGGCGCAGAAAGAGCUCCAAUUUCUUGCCUUCUCUAGUUUAUUCAAUGUUUGGAACCUCGUCCCAGGAUUCAGGUACCUUCCUACGAAAAAUAACGUAAAGAUGCAUACGCUCAACAAAGAGGUGAGGAGCAUACUCGUCAACAUCAUCAAAAAUCGCCUUAACUGCAAGGACACCAUGGGAUACGGGAACGACAUGCUUGGGAUAAUCCUGAAUGCUUGCGGGCCAGAGCACGUGCAAAACCCACUCAUGAGCAUGGACGAGAUCAUAGAAGAGUGCAAGACCUUCUACUUAGCUGGCCAUGAGACCACUGCAUAG